AUGAUCAGCAUCAGAGCAGUCCAAGGCUGGAACCUUCGAGUACUUCAGCCCAUUGACAUCCGCUACGGCAUCAACUUGAGACGCAGGAUUAUGAGGAGAUGGUUGCUCCAAAAGCUGCGCCAAUGGAACCCACGACUCGCCAUUGUCGAGAUGCCAUGCACACCUUGGUCAAUCCUCCAGCGGAAUGUCAACUACCGGGACUAUCCCUUUGAACUCGACCAGCUACAGGAGGAAGACAGGCCCUUCGUCAGAUUGGUCAAGCAGGUCUUCGAUUCACAACGCAGCCGAGGCGGACACGCUUUGGUGGAGAACCCUGCUACUGCCGACUCCUGGCAGGAACCUGAGUUCCAAGAGCUGAGGCAGAAGUACUGGGAGACAACGAGUUGCAUGUGUCGUUUUGGCAUGGUUGGGCAACACGGGCUCCCUCUUCUUAAACGUGUUCGCUGGAUGGCCACCGAUGAGACCUUUGUGUACUACCUCAACAAGCAGUGCACCGGCGACCGCCAGCAUGAGAAGGUUGAAGGCAAGAACACUGCCCUCUCAGCUUGCUACCCGCCUGACGUUGGCGACACCAUCAUCAAGGCCUACCUGGAAGUGGUGCAGCGCGAAGACUUUGGCACGCACUACGACUGGCAGGUCAUGGAGACCCGACAUGUCAACUACGUCGACGUCAACCGCACGGUGGAAGAGUGGCGGCCUUUGCUCGCCCAAGCUGAAGAGAUUUUGGCUCGACGUGUUCAAGCCAGUUGCUUCCUGGACAUCACCUCCGACCUCUACCAGAAGGUCAUCCCCUUGGUUCCUUGGCAGAUCCUCAACAUCCAGAUCGCCCACUUGCCGAAGGCCAAGAGAGUGAGACCAGGACUGGAGAACACACAUCGUUGCUCCGUGUUGCUUCUGAACGACAAUGAGGUGUUGAUUGAGACGGAACACCUUCCAACUGCACAAGCUCCGAGAGAGCGCUUCAUCACACCAGUGCGAGUGGCUAUCUUCAUCCACGGCCACGCACCAGGUGAACCUCAUGAACCCGUACCUGCACGUGUUCAACCAGAACCACCUCCUCUUCGAGAAGGAGAAGUUGUUGAAGACCCACUGGAUGAGCAUGUUGAGCAAGGCAUGGCCGAGCAAGGGCUUGUGAGGCAAGACUAUGCCUCCGGUGAAUGUUGGUUCAUUGGCCCUCCACUACGACAUGAACAACGACGCUUGGCACCUUCAUUGGUGAGAAUGCACCGCAACCUGGGACACCCCAGAACUGAGGACUUCGUGAGAGCCCUAGCUCAACAUGGCAAGAUCGACCCGGAAGCAGUGGCACUGGCAAGGAGACUGAGAUGUGCUUCUUGCGAGAGGACCAAGAGACCAUUGCCACCGCGACCUACUAGUUUGAAGGCCGUGGGCAGCUUCAACGACAAGGUGUGCCUCGACGUGGUCUUCUUGCACGACGUGGACGAGGUCAAGCACACCUACUUGCAUGUUUUGGACCCUGCAGGCGGCUUCUAUGUCUUUUGUUGGAUCCCAAGCCGAAACCCCGAGGACGUCCUGGACAAUUUCAACAAGGUCUGGGCUAGUUGGGCUGGCUUGCCAAGAUCCAUUUGGGCGGAUCAAGACGGAGCUUUCCAAGGAGCCUUCGCUCAGACACUCCAAGCUCAUGGGGUGGAACUGGACUAUGUGCCGGCUGAGGCUCACUGGCAGGCUGGCGAGGUGGAGGCCUAUAAUCGUGCCUUCCGCUACACCGUCAACAAGAUCAUUGAUGAGAAGCAGUUGGCAGGCGACAGCAGCAUGCAACUACUUGGAACUUUGGUGGGCUCAGCCAUGAACGACAAGGUCAGAGCUUGUGGAGCCUCCGCAAGUCAAUGGGUAUUCGGUCGCAAUCCCCGGGUACCAGAAGCUCUCCUUGGACCUGACGGUCAACUGGAAGUCUUGCAAGGCAUGGAGCAGGACGAGCAGCUGAGAUUGGUCAAGAAGAAGAAAGGCAAGAUCCUGCAGCCUGGGUGGUUUCGAGGCACCAUUGUCGGACCACACAAAGGCGACGAGGCACAAUCCAACUACUGGGUGGCAUCAGGUGGCAAGCUCAUCCUUGUCUCUAAAGAGCAGCUCAGGCCGACCUAUGGCACAGAGCGAUGGAAGAUCGACGAGGAGGCCCUUCAGAACCUCUUGGACGACUUCCCGGACGAGUUCCACAACGGCAGAGACGGAGAACCACCCGAUGAAGUUGUGCCCGAUGAGAAUGAGGAGAUCCACGUGCCCGUCUUCGAGGCCGACGCUGAUGACUUGGGUGUCGAGGAGUACACACCAAGCCUACCGCCAGAAGGCGAUGGACAACGACCUGAUGAACUACCAGCACAUGAGAACAGUUCACCUUCGGCACCUUCAGUUGGCACCAACACCACACAUCCACAUCCUUCGAUGCGAGAAGACCGUGCACCUGGAACACCCAUACAUGGACUACUUCGACGUCCUGAACCUCUACCAGAGGCGAUCCCGAUCGAUGACCCGCACUUCGAUGAGGAGAUGGCACUACCUCCACCCGAAGUCGCAGAACCUGUUGAGAAGAAAGCACGCCUGGAAGAACCAGAUGAACCAGAGGACAACCACUACCCUGCCAAUGAGCGCCUUCCGGUCUAUGACACCGAGCUCUACUCCGAACCACGUGGAGCACUCUGGGGCGUUCGCAUGAGGUUGCAAGUCAAGGGCAAUGACGCCGUGCGCUGGGUCGCACAAACUCGCAAGCAGCAGAAAGCCCUUGAGAAGGAGAUCCCCUGGAGGGAUGCACCUACUAUGACUCGAUUGGGUCUACUGCUCAUCCUCCAGAUCUGCGCCUCCCAUGAUGGCUGGUUCCUGUUCAACUCCGACAUCACUGGAGCUUUUCUUCAGGGCGACCAGUCACUGGCAAGCAGGAAGGAGCCUUUGUACCUUCGCCAACCUCGAGAAGGACUUCCUGGACUCCUACCUGGUCAACUGCUCCUGGUGGUGCGAGGCAUCUUUGGCCUUGCGAACAGCCCUCGCCUUUUUUGGCGACGCUUGAGGGACACACUCCUCACCAUGGGCUUCGUGCAGUCGCGCUUGGACCGCGCUGUGUUCACGUACUACCGCCGGGGCCGUCUUAUUUUGGUUUUGGGAGCCCACGUGGAUGAUUUGAUUGUCACUGGAAAACCUACCGAAGCCGAUGCCAUCCUCGAGGAGCUCAAGAAGACCUUUGACUUCGGUUCAUGGGCGGAUUCGCGCCAAGAUGAAGUCCUGGAGUACGGAGGGAAGCAGAUCACCAAGGAGAACGGCAUCGUCAAGCUCACGCAGAAGAAGUUCAUCCAAGCUUCUUCGACUACCAAGAUUCCCAAGUGGCGUGCUUCGACGCCAAAUGCUCCUUUGCUUCCGCAAGAGCAUACAGAGCUACGCUCGCUUGGCGGCUGUCUCCACUGGCUAGUCGGCCAGACAAGGCCCGACCUGGCGGCCGCAACGUCUUUGUACAUGUCUGGACAGCCCACAGUGUCCAACCUGAUCCAGCUCAACAAGUUGGUGAUCGAGGCCCAGUCGACUGCUGAUUGGGGUUUGAUGUUCAGGCCCAUCCCGAUGGAGCAGGCGAAGUUCAUCGCCUUCAGCGAUUCAAGUUGGGCCAAUGCAGCUGAGCUGAAGUCACAAGCUGGACUACUUGUCUUCCUGGCAGGCAGCGGCGUGGACUCCUUGGAGGGCGACUUCGCUUCCUUGUUGGACUGGAGGAGCCACCGCAUCCGGCGCCAAUGCCUGUCGACGCUGGCCAGUGAGACCAUGGCUAUGGAUGCUGUGACCGAUUGCCGGUCGCUGUACGACAUCCUCAUCAAGGAUGGUCCUUUGGCAUCCACCCAAGAGAAGAGGCUGGCCAUCGACAUCGGCGGCUUGAAGGAGACCGCGAACGAGUUCGAUCCUGAGGGUGAGAAGCUGAGCUCGGUGUCUAGGCGGUCCACCCAGGCCUUGGAGUUCCUGCCGGUUCAGGCGACUCUGAGGUGUGAAGCUGACGCUGAAGCGAAGUAUGACUGGUGGAGUCGAGUUGUGCCAGAAGUCGGGCUAGAGACAGGGCUACGAGCAACCAGCAAUUUGAUCUCAGCUCGCUUGGUUCAUCAGGACCCCAAGGUCCGCAGAGACCCCUCAACGAGCCGACAGCUCUAUGAGGAGAUGGCUGGCUGUGACCGUGCUUGGCAGAGGACGGACUAUGUGGCAAUCUGGCUUGGCAUUGGCCCACGCUGGUUGGUGUUUCUUUGCGAGGCCACGGAUGAUGCGAUGCAGCACUCCUUGCUGUCAGGCGAUGCCUUGCAAAAGCGGAUCAAGUUGAUCAUGAGCCUUGGAGGAGGCUUCCUUUGCAACUCCUCCGGUGUAGCCGAGGACGAGGCCACGGAACGUUUCCGUGAUCGACGGCCGACGAAGAGCGUGCCCGGCUCAGGUGUUGACCUCUACAGCUUAACUUUUGACACGGGAUGGAGACUGAUGGAAUUCGCAGCGCUCCUCAAGCUGGCCAGGGUACAGCCCCUGCCGAUCCGGCCCGGCAAAGAUGCCACGCAGACCGUGGACGUGGACGAAGAAGAGAGAAGCAGAAGCAGAAGUCCAACCACGAUUGGCCAGACACCCGGUCAGGUGAAACUCUUGCAGAGAGUAGGCGGCCAAUGUGGCGACAUUUGUUGUGCCUUGAAGUUGAGCAGCCGAAAGGCCCAAGGGCAACAAGCUUUGCUUCAGCUUCCAGGAUGGAAUCUGGGAAACCUGGAGCAGACGCAGGUCUUGGACGAUCCAGCCGAUGAGGCCUCCGGCCGAAGUUCUAAGGGGCUCCAACACUUGGAUCGAAGACAAGUUCGAUUGGUCAUGCUCUUGAUCUUUGCGGGUUUAGUGGCAGCCUGCGGAGGCUUCGUCUACCUGAGCAUCAGAGGUAGCGAGUGCUUCGCUGACAUUGACCUGAGCAACCAGAUGAGUUAUCGUACUCAGGGCUUAGUGUCGUGGAUGACCUUGCUCUGCUUCGAGAAAACGGUCUGGAGAAGCAAGGCGCUUCACACCAUGAUACUGAGAUUUAUGGCUUGGACGCUCUUCGUGACCUUGCUGGAGUUCCUGCUGGUGGCCGAUCCCAGCUCGGUCGAUCCACUGAAGUUCUCGGAGAUCACCACGGUCAUGACGGUCUUUGUCUCGUUGCUCUUGGGCUUUUUCAUCACCAACUCGGUGGCACGAUGGACUUCCUGUGUGGAGUCCUUCUUGGGCCUGUUUGAGGCGAUCAGGGCCUUGCAGAUGCAGCUGCAUGCCUUGGGGGUGAGCAUCGUGAAGAUCGACCGGCCGGUGCGGUAUGGCUUGGUCUCAGCAUGGUUGUUGGAUCGAACACUACGUGAGGAUCGACGAGAGGGCUUGCCUGAUAGAAUAUGGGACCAGCUUAUAGAGCUGAAGGAUCCCCUGCUGCAUGUGACAGACAAGGAGCUUGAGGAUCUGAAAAAAAUGGCAGAUCCGGCCAUUCAGAUCUGGGUUUGGGUGGCUUCCUUCUUGGGAUCCCUGGCACAGGAGGGUGAGAUUCCUCCCAUGGCAAGCCCGAUCUACGGAAGGCUGUUGCAAAUCGUGAAGUCAGCGCAAGAUUCCAUGAAGCAGAUCCGGGCCGUACGAGAGGUGCAGGUGCCGUAUGUUUACACCCAUACCCUCGCAGCAGUCGUUCACGUGAGCAAUAUGCUAUGUGCGACAAGCAUGGGCCUUACUUUAGGAAGCUGCCUGGGGUCCAUUUUGGCACAUAUCGAUUCGCGUCUCACUCUCUAUGGCGUGCAGCCUCAACCCAACCACUCGGCAGACACAGACUUUCAGGUGCUUAUCAUCCAAUUCUUGAAGUGCUUUUUUGCACCUGUCCUCUACCAAGCUUUCCUGGAGAUAGGCUUUUGCGUCUCCACCCCCUUCGGGGCUGGCGCGGAAUCCGCACGGUUGCCCAUCGACGAUCUCCUUGAAGGAUGGCUGGAGGACCUCAAGCAUGCCAACAGAAUGGCCGUCGCCCCUCCUGGAUGGGAGGCGCCCUGCUUUAAGGGCCGAGCAGCUGCGACGACCGGGCCGGGGAGUCCAGCAGUGCCUUCCUUGAAACGAGUGGAGGAGGCGAGAGGCGAGGCGAAGUCCCAAGUGGUGGAUGCCCUGGAUGUGGCUUCCUUGACGCCACAAGCCUCACCACGGACAGGCAAGAAAAGCCCCAGGUCUGCUUUGCGACGAGCUGCCACGUCUGGAGGUGUGAUGAUGCCAGAAGCGGAAGCGGAAUCAGAGCCUGAGUUACGGCGUGCCGCCGCGUCAGGGACCUUCUAA